AUGUCUAGCACAAAAAGCAAAUCUGCAUCAGUUGCUGCAACUGCUGCUGUCCGAAGUAUUGCUGAUAAUGGGGAUGAUGUGGAUUCUCCUUCAAGUGAAGAGUCAGGGAAAUUUGGAAAUGAUGAGGUGGAUAACAGUUCGGAAAAUGAUGAAAGUCUUCAGAGUAGAGGACGGAAAAGGGCUGCUCCAAGGGGGAGAGGUAGAGGCUCUACACAACCCUCUAAGCGUGGAAAGAAAUCCGAUAACUCUGCAAUUAACCAAAUGUUUAUGAACAAAGAUGAUGAAGAUGACGAUGAAGAGGAUCUGACGAAGAGAUUUAAUAAACCUCUGCCUCGGGUCACAAGAAACUAUGGCAAUCUAAGAAGGUAA